AUGGCUGCUUGCCGACGAAUUGCGGAGUGUGCAACUUGCAGCACGGAUACUUCGCUGGUGAGGAAGUUAAAUUGAACCGGAAGUACUAUUGCUAUAAGUGUCCAAACGAAUGAUUUCGUACAUAUGAAAAUUUGAAGAGACAUUUUGGGAGAAUUUCGCACAUUUCCCCUCAAUUUGUCCAUUGUUUUCGAUCGAAAAGAUUUUGUGGAUGGUCUUACCCCUUUUUAUUGAAUGAAGUGACAUCGUCAACCGGCUUUUUAAUAACUUAAUGGCUUUGCUUCUCAGUAGUGGCCAAUUUGGGCGUUUAUGCUCUAAAUAUCCGACUACAUUUAUAAAGAUAAGUAAAAAAGUUCGGUAUGUAAAAUAAGAAAGUCAUUCUAUAUAUUUAUUUAGAUUAAAAAUUGGUUAGAAAGUUUGUGUGUCCAAACACAUUUGUAAUUUAUAAAGUAACUACUCGUUAUGUGAUCCUGGUAGAGAGGAAAGCCACUGCUUUUCUUAAACAGAGUUUGUAUUUAAAGUACAGAUCGCUAAUAUUCGUACUCUCAGACGGUACACAUGAAGAUCCAAUUUUUUAAAUUUAGAGAGUAAUUCGGGGUUUCAUAUCUUAACUAAGUCAAUUCAGAUUUAACAUAAAAGAAAAACUUUGAAGGUGGUCUGCAUCAAAAACAUCUGUGAGAACAUUCCUACCAAUAAUCGCGGACAGAUUAAUAAAUCCUAGAGCACAUUAUUCCUUCUGUGAUAACAACGUAGUAAGCUAUUUGUAAAUCUUAAUAUCACCUUUAAUACAUUUAGUAUUCACAAAAUCAGUGAAUAGCGGUAGUCGACCAGUGGCUAGUGGGUAUAGGUGAUCCGCUGACCCUGACCCUGUUCAGGAUAAAAACUUCCCCACAUACAUACCCUGUUUAGGACAACACCCUCAAUUUUGGUACCUUGUUUAGGAAAAAGGACAAAAUGCACGCCAGAGCAAAUUCACGUUAUAAUCAUUGCUUUUGUAUACUUGGAAUACAAGCAAAAUUCAUCUAGCAAAUCAAAUCAAUCGUGCAGCCAAUACCGUGUUGACCGACUCAAAAAAUUUAUACCAAUUAUAUACCCUGUUUAGGACAGAGAGGUCAAUAACCAUACCUUGUCCAGCGGCACAUCCCCGUAUAGGCUAAGUAUAGGCCAUAUAAAGGAAUACCCCUGGGACAUAUUGAGAGACUGAAGAGCAUGAUGCAGGCCUGUCUAUAGACUUUUUCAUUUUAUACCCUACCGACCAACGACUUUAUGAGCAUUAAACGUGCUGAAUGGGAAUGAAUUCAACAUGAGCUUUGUUCUUAAGUUUUUCAUAUUCUUUUAAUCAUUCUACGCUCUCAAAUUAAAGGUCUCUCAAAAAGACUGUUUUGCCAACGAAAAUUGCUCCCGCGGCUCUCGCGAGAAGGAGAGAGGCAAUUAAAAUACCGUUUUUCCAUUUCAAAUACUUUAAAUUCAAUGGCAGAUUGAUUCAGCAGUUUAUUUAAACCUCGGUGGCCUUUUCUAGCCCCAUCACUCAUGGUGUUUAAUCAUUAAUGUUGCCUAUCUCUCUCUCCUUUAUUCAGAUAAUCACAUGUGAAAGUGGACAGCACACAUUCUGCCAGGAAUGCGCGAUAAACUACUUUCUCUCACUCGGAGACCCUAACACCGUGGCUGGUUCCGCGGAAGCUGGAUUAAGCUGUCCUCUGACAGACGACUGUGGAUCACAGCUCGAAUUUAGUCUUGUGAGGGAUAUUCUGGGCCAGAUAAAUCGUGCUGCACGAACUAGAGUGCAGAGAAAUUUGCAAGAGCACAUCUUGAGGUGUUUGGGGAGGAAUGUUCGCAUUCCCUGUCCAAACGUGGAAUGCACUUAUUUCGUCAUUCAAACAGAACACGAUGAUUUUCAAGAACUCUUUCUGUCAUGCCCCAAGUGCUCUAAAACAUAUUGCCUCACCUGCAAGCACUCUCUCAGCCUUCAAGGUUACAAGGAUCACAUUUGCCCAGCUGAUGAUGACAUAACCGACACUAACGCCAACCAAAAAUUACAUGAAGUUCUUACCGAAGCUAUUUCAGUUCGAUGCCCUAAUAGUCAAUGCAAUGCGUCUGAGGGAGCUCCUCGCGCGGUCAAAGAUCCUGCGGAUUGCAACACAAUGAGAUGUGACAGAUGUCGCAGAUUUUUCUGCUUCAUUUGCUCCAGGGAUUUGGGGAGAGAAAGCUACCGGGCACAUCAAGCAUUCCCUCACAGGUAACUGAAUAAAUGCACGCUCUUGCCUCUCUGCACCCAGUCUCCUUUUCAAGGGACCUCUCCUAAUCGGACGAGUAAGUUAGAGAGGGCCCUACGAACGAGGUCCUGAUUAUGGACCAUCCCACAAUGCAUCAUAUUAGCACAUAUCAAUAGCUGUGUUAGGACGACUUUAAAGUCUAGUAUAGCUAGAAAAGCAGACGCCUUUAACCUCUGACCACUUAAACAUCUUGUGUUAAGUGCGUCGUUCAGACGCUUUAAGAAACUGGGCGACUUUAAGACGUUAAUGCGUCUAGUAUAAAAAUGGGACGAAAUGACUGAGACAGUGUUUUGUCCUUUUUUUUUUACAAAGGAAUCUGUUCUUUUUAAUUCCUUUCGUCUUAUAAUUUAAUGCAUCUCGUUUUUUUAUAUACACCAGUUGACUUUGACGUCUCAGAUGUUAAAUGCGUCUUGACGACUUAAACUUCUCUAGCAUAAAAAAAGGUCACUAUGUACGUGGCGAUAACUUUUUCGAUUUUUUUUCAAAGAAAAAAGUCUCUUUCACCAUUUUGUAGUUAAGUAACUUAUAAAGGCCGAGUGUACUGAAAAUACCCAGACCUAGCCCCUUAAAAGAUAAAAAAACAAAAUGGUAAAAAAGCAGACAAGAUCGUUGCGGCGUUCUAACAGUACACUUGCCUUGGUUCUUAGGCUGCGUGCAAACGGACGCAACAACUCCCAACAUUGUUGCGCCAACAAUUUUGGAAGUUGUUGCGUGCAUGUUAUCAGUGGUGCGCAAAAGGAUGCAACAACUCCCAACCAUGUUGGGGCCUGCAGUUCAUCGUGGGAAGGAUACAACCCAUAAGUCUUUGCAAACCAUGCGUAAUGAGCGUGCGUGGCCCCAACAAUGUUGGAAGAGCUGUGCAAACGGAUCCAACAUUGUUGCGCUACGCUUCGGCGAUCACGGAACAAAAGAAAUGUUGGGAGUUGUUGGCUGAAAAGUUUGACCGGUUUCAAAACUGCACAACAACACGCAACGACAUCCAACAACAUGCAACAGGGUGUGCAAACGGACACAACAUGUAACAUCCAACAAUGUUGGGAGUUGUUGGCCAACAAUGUUGCGUCCGUUUGCAAGCAGCCUAAGGGAGAAAAGUCAUCAAAUUUUGUUUUUUAUCUUUUACUUACAGGAACGUUAAAAUGACAGAAGCGCGUCCAUGUUGGCUUGUCAACGAUGAAGAAAUGCAGCAAACACACGAAACUGCGAUAGAAAUUCGACAAUUGAUCGCUGUUAGGAACUACCUGUUCUCACUUGAUGUAAGUGAUGAGAGAAAAGUACGGCUUCUCGAACGCAAUCGCAGAAUUUUAGGAAGCCUCCAUUCUGCUUUGCAAGAAGACUUAGAGCUUACUAAAGUUACAGUGAAUUGUGUCAUUGUAUAG